AUGCCGGAGGAGGGGACCCUCAAGAUCAAUGUUGAUGGGGCGUUUUCCCAAGAGUCUGGCACGGGUGCAACAGGGGCGGUUCUACGAGGCAACAGCGGAAAUUUCCUUGCGACAUCGGCUCGAUGGUUGGAAUCACUGGGGUCUGCCCUUUUGGCAGAAGCAGAAGCACUUUGGGAUGGCGUACAGCUCAUACCAGAAGGUAUCGGGGAGCGCAUCAAGUGUAGAGACGGAUUCUCAAAAGCUAGUUUCGUCGUGGAACAACAGAAGGAAACACCGGUCCGAGAUCACUGCAAUCCUGGACACAAUUGA